GGCGCGGAACUUGAGCCCCUUGUCCCGGCGCACCGGGGAACCGUGAGGGAUGUCAAGCGAGGGAGUGGAAUUACCCCCCCUUUUUUUUUUCUUUUGGAGACGUAGUCUCCCCCUGUCGCCCAAGCUGGAGUGCAGUGGCGCGAUCUCGGCUCACUGCGACCUGUGCUUCCCGGGUUCAAGCGAUUCUCCUGCCUCAGCCUCCCGAGUAGCUGGGAUUACAGGCGCCUGCCAUCACGCCCGGCUAAUUUUUGUAUUUUUAGUAGAGUUGGGGUUUCACCAUGUUGGUCAGGGCUAGUCUCAAACUCCUGACCUCAGGUGAUCCCUGCCUCGGCCUCCCAAAGUGCUGGGAUUACAGGCGUGAGCCACCGCGCCCGGUUGGAAUGACCACUUUUUAGGACCUCUUCCUUGCCGCGCAGAGACUGGAGGGAGCGGGGCUCGCAGUGCAGGGAUGAGGUCCCAGGUCUCCCCGCUGCGCUGCUUGAGGCUCGGCCAUGGCCCAGCAGAGAGCCCUGCCCCAGAGCAAGGAGACGCUGCUGCAGUCCUACAACAAGCGGCUGAAGGACGACAUUAAGUCCAUCAUGGACAACUUCACCGAGAUCAUCAAGACCGCCAAGAUUGAGGACGAGACGCAGGUGUCACGGGCCACUCAGGGUGAACAGGACAACUACGAGAUGCAUGUGCGAGCCGCCAACAUCGUCCGAGCCGGCGAGUCCCUGAUGAAGCUGGUGUCCGACCUCAAGCAGUUCCUGAUCCUCAAUGACUUCCCCUCCGUGAACGAGGCCAUUGACCAGCGCAACCAGCAGCUGCGCGCACUGCAGGAGGAGUGCGACCGGAAGCUCAUCACGCUGCGAGACGAGAUCUCCAUUGACCUCUACGAGCUAGAGGAGGAGUAUUACUCGUCCAGCUCAAGCCUUUGCGAAGCUAAUGACCUGCCUCUGUGCGAAGCUUACGGGAGGCUGGACCUCGACACAGACUCUGCUGAUGGCCUCUCGGCCCCUCUGCUGGCGUCCCCGGAGCCCAGUGCUGGCCCCCUACAGGUGGCAGCCCCUGCCCACUCCCAUGCUGGUGGCCCUGGCCCCACUGAGCACGCCUGAGCCUCCGGGGCCACCCUUCGUCCUCAGGAACAAAACCUGAGGCUGCCCUUUGGAUGCCCUCACAGCCUUGCUUCUCUCAGCCUAGGUUCCCAUUUGGGGACUUCAGGACCCCAGAGCCACUAGGACUUCCUUGGGAAGCCCGUUAGCCCAGGGUGGGUCCCGCCAGGACAGUAGGGAAACAGUUGUUUCCCUAGCCAUUUCCGAACAGCCCAUCAUUCCAAGUCAUCAUCUCUGUUUGCUGCCUUCCUGGCCAGCCAGGUGGAAGAAAGUUUCCAAGCUAGCUCUGGCCCGUUGGGGAUCUCAGCAGUGGGGCAGGAGGGUGCCUGAUUUUGGGGAGUCCUGACCUGAGCCUGUUGUCAGAGUUGGGAGGGGCUCCGAGCAGUGUUGGGCAGGCCGGGUCUCCCAUCCCGAGGCCAGCGUUCCUGUGCAGAGCCCCAUCCACUGGUUCUUGCCCUGAGCCACAUAUGUCUGUGCCAUGGGCUGAGUGCCACGACAGACCCAUGUGACAGCUGCUGCCCACGCAUGUGGAAGCUAGGUGGGACUCAUUCCUAAUUCUGCCUUUGUAAUGAGACUUGAUUAAAACACUGCCACUUUUUUGCA